CAUCGUUCUGAACAAGUUUCUAAUUAUUCGAGUAGCUUUCAUCUUUCUCCGCUGUUCCCCUCCGAUGCUAAACCUCAUUCCGACAGCUAUGAUAUUGAGCUUGUUGACCAUGAUGCAUGGCGGGUUUCAUCGGGUUUGGCACUAGCAGGGCGAGGAACGGAGGGGACUGCAUCGGAAUCCAGUUACUUAUCGGAGGAAGUGGUUGAUGAACCGGUUGAUAAUUGCUCUCUACCUGUCGAGGAUGACCCGGAUUUUGAUGACAUUGAUAAUAUGAGGAUUCGAGGCAGUCUUUUCUAUAAACUCGACCGCGAUUCCAAAGAGUUUGAAGAGUAUAAUUUCGACUUUCAUCGUAGAAAGAAGUCUUCUAAGCAGAAGGAUGAUCCAAAGGAAAUUAAAAGGAAGAGUAAUGAGCUCAAAGAAAGCAAAACAGACAGCCCAAUUCGGGAUUUAUUCUCUAGAAGUGAGAAACAAGGUAGAAUUGCCAACAAUUCUCAGCUUGAUGAAAUGGACACUGCUUGUGUUGGGAAGAAGAAGCUGAGGACUCCGACUUAUAACCAGCUAACAGGUCCUUUCCAUGAGCCGUUUUGCCUGGACAUUUACAUAUCGAAGGCGUCUGUUCGUGCUUGCAUUAUUCACCGAGUGACCAGUAAGGUUGUUUCUGUGGCCCAUUCCAUAUCAAAAGACAUGAAAUUUGACCUUGGUUCGACUAGGAACGCAGCUGCUUGUGCUGCUGUUGGGGCAGUUCUGGCUCAGAGGGCAUUGGCUGAUGAUAUCCACGAUGUGAUUUACACACCAAGGAAAGGGGAGAGAUUGGAAGGCAAGCUUCAAAUUGUGCUUCAGUCUAUCAUUGAUAAUGGCAUUAAUGUGAAGGUAAAGUUAAAGCAAAUAACAAGGAAGAAACCCAGUUCCUCAUAUUCAGCUUAGGAGCACAUGGUGUGCUAUUCUGAUGAAGCCAAUCUUGCUACAAUAAGAUCCGUAUGUUUCAUUUGAAAAGAAGAAAAAAAUCCAUGUUUGUGAUUUCUACAUGGCUGGAUGUUCUGAGCUGUUAAGGUGGUGAAUUCAAUUCAUUUUAUGAGAUAUAAAAGCUGGCUUAGCCAAUUCAACAACAAAAGUUCUCUGAUUUGAAAUGACUUUCCGGGGAGCUCAGCAAUCAGCCUGGUGGUGUAAGAUACAGGUAAACAGGGCACUUUAUCGUGUUCAUUGCAGGCACUUAAUUCCCUAGCAUUGUUAAUACAAAUUUAGGAUCAUCUUGCCAUAUCUCUUGUGGAACUAUUGGUCUAAAUUUCCUUCUUUGUAAUCUAUAAAUUAUAAUAAUUAUUUUUUCUUUCUCUUUC